AUGCGUCCAACUCCGGUCCUUGACCAAUUCCUCGGCAGUUUGCAGGAAUUGGUUCAGAACCGCGAUGGCGCCAAAGUCCAGGACUUCCUGCAACUCGAGCCGCCGCUCUCGGAUAUCUACCAGCGCAUGACCGUUGAAUUACAACAAAACUACCCCCCGGGCUCAAAGACCGACACCGAACUUCUUCAACGAUGUGAGCCCCUUGUGCCGCGAUCGAAGAGUGGCUCAUGGACCGCUUUCCCGACUUUCGUCAAGCUUUACCUGGUCUUUCUGCGUGAUAUGAACACCGACAACUUACUGGAAACAUACAAUCAAUUGAAGGCGCUGCUCAAUCAAUGUGUGCUCGCCCUCGGAGAUAGUCAAAUGGGAGUUGUCGUCCUUCCUACGGUUCUUUACUUGGCCAAGGUACUGGCAAAAUUGGCCAUGGGCCUCGAUCGUCGGCCAGACUUGAUCGCGCAUAUCCGACGAAUGGAAGGCCUGGGAGAUCAAGACGAAAGCACCGAGAAAGUGACCUUGGUGGAAAAAUCGGCCAACGUGGUGCGCGAAGCCUUCAUCAAGUGCCUCACUGAUCGCACCGGCACCCCCGGCCCGAAUGGUAAACCAGAGGGCAAGCGCAUCGGCAUCUACCUCAUGGCAAACCUAUGCCUCAAAUUGCUUUUCCAGUGCCCAGUCGCCCCCUUGGCCUACUUCCCAGCCUCACAACGUGUCACAUACCUCUACUAUCUCGGCCGCUACCUCUUUGCCAAUAAUCUUUUCUUCCCUGCCCGGAUCGCUUUGCAGGCCGCCUAUGACCAGUGCCACCGUCAAGCCAUAAGCCAACGACGCCUGAUCCUCUCGUAUCUCAUUCCGUGCAACAUAAUUUUGGGCCGAUUUCCAUCCCGGGCACUCUUGCAGCGACCAGAAUCUCAAGGACUCGCCGAACAUUUCCAACCUCUGUGUCAAUUGAUCAUCCGAGGAGAUUACCUGGCCUUCCGACAGCAUCUCCUCCUUGGCUCGCCGACCGCCGAGUGGUUUGUACGCAAAGGUAUCCUUUUCGCUCUUCGAAAUCGAUGUGAGAUUCUUGUAUGGCGAUCCUUUGCGCGCAAAGUUUUCAUGUAUGGGGGCUCAUGGGGAGGUCCGCAGGCGCAGGCGCAAAAGGGACCUCCUCCAGUCCUUAACCUCAAAAAGGUUGUUGCGGCUACGCGGUGGCUGCAGAUACAGCAUGCAUCACCAGAGAGUGGUGCGAUGGCGGCCUCCAAUCUCUACGGAUCACAGGUUGUUCUCGAACCUACAGAUAUCGAAUAUGAUCGCCUAGAAGAGGCAGAUGGAACUGCCACUCCCACCACAGAUCAAGAAAUACUGGCAAAAUAUGGUGAUUUCCUAGCCUCGGAUGGGUUUUAUGAUGAAGGAGGGGCUUCACAGCCCAAUGUACCGGGUCAGUUGAUUGACGGAGAGCCAGAAGAGGAUUACGGUGAUUGCGAGCUGGAUCCAUAUGCGUAUGACCUCGACGACAGGACAGAAUCAGAUCGAUGCGCCAUGAUGCAAGAGAUCGAAUCGAUUUUUGCAUCGUUGAUUACUCAAGGACUAAUGGGCGGGUACCUCCUCCACCGCGAGCCUCGAUUUGCCAUUCCAGGAGCCAAAAUCAAGGGUAUCUUGCCUACAGGGUUCCCCAACGUUUGGCAAACAAUCUCUGCGCGUGAAAGCAGUGAUUCCAGUGUCCCCGGUUGGGUUCAACCUCGGGCGCCAACUGGACUCGGAGCAGCGGGAGGUGGCAGGGUUGUGAAUCUCGCCGGAGCACGCCCCGUUGGCCUCCAGUAA